CUUGACUCAAACUUUUGUAAUGUAAAACGAAAGUAAAAGUUUGUUAAGUACUUUGACAUUUACCGAGGUGUCACUUUCAACAAAUAACCAGGCAAACUAUAAAAGCUACUGAAGCAAAGUGUUGUAUAUGCCUAUCGUUAAACUCACUCGUGAAAAUCUGACACCUAUUGCUGACAGGAUGCCAGGUAAAGCCCCUAGAUCACCAAAGUCCCCCAAACGAAGUCCGAAACCGAAUGUGAAGAAUCUUUACCCAGAUAUCUCUCAAUUAGGAGAUAAAGAGGUUGAAAAUGCAGAUGCUGUAGCUGAUGAAGAUGAGGGUGAUGAUAUUAACACUGAAAGUGAGGAUGACAACAUUUCUGAUAUUGAGAAUAAGGAUGGUUAUUCCAUUGAUUCUAUUGAUGAGCCUGAUUUUGCAAAAAGAGAACUAAGGCCUCGAAAAAACAGAAAAGUGCAGCCAUUGCCUGAACAGGGAAAAGCUAAACCCAAAGCAAAUGUGAAUAGAGAAAGAAUCUACCCACAUCUUCCUGAACAACAACAAAAACCUGCAAGACCAGAAGGAAAUGGCAUCCUUAAAAACCUGAUAUGGUUAUUGGGCAUUAUGUUUAUUAGCAUUGGUUGUGUAAUGGUACUCUUUAAACCGCAGUCUGACACAGUAAGUAAAACUGGGCCACAAUUUGUGGAUUACUACAAGCUUUUCAAACCAAAGUUUGAUGGACUCAGGGAAAGGUAUCCUUCUCAAACUGACCGAUUUUGGAAAGUCAUUGGAGCAUCCAUAAGACGUCUCUUGAACACUGAGAUCCCCACAUAUCCUGCAAUAAUUAUGAUGUCCAUCCCAAGGGGUUUUUCCAAAGUGGGCACUUGUAUUGCGAAAGAAAUUUCCAAUAAUUUAAAUUCCUUUUUCAACCAAUCAGUUUCAUCUUACAUUGACACUCUUACAUUAGAUUCGACAUCGCCACCGAAGACAAAGCUGGAUUUAGACAAAAGGCUUAUAAGCGUCUUAGAGACUACAAAAUCUGUCGUCAUAGACCACAUUGAAACUCUCAAAGGUUCAACUGCGCUACUUUUCCAUGGUUACUGUGAUGGCGAUAAUGCUCCAUACAAAUCGUCAGCGAUCAUUUUUGUUCUUCACACGGGUGUUGAGGUCAAUGCAAUGACGGAAUAUUAUGUUGAGGCGGAGCUUACACGUCGCUGGGGAGGUCAUCUGGGGGUCGAUGAGAUGCCGGCACUGUUGAGCAGAAUAGCAAAUAACAUUGCCCUGGUGAGCCCAGGGGAAGCUGUAGACUGUCAGCUGUGAACUUACUCUGUGUAAAUGUUUUUCAAUUUUAUAUAGGGUAUAACUAUUUUUCAUGCAAGAACAAAUCAUAGCUUGUAAAUUUGGGUACAUGUACCUUGUUGUUGUUGUUUUCCAACAUCUAGUACUAACAAUGUACUUGCACUUGCACUUUAGUAGGAGUCAAGAUUUUUAUAAGCUUAAAACCCUUAAGACAUUGUACGAAAAUCAUCUAUAUUUACAUUUAAUUACAUUUAAUAAACAUAAUAAGUAUUUUUCUGCGAAUGAGUCUAAAUGUAUUUAAGAUUUAAUGUUUGUUUAAAGUUGUUAAGUGAACACUUUUAAGCUUCAUUUGUUUUUGCAGUUUAGUUUUUCUCUAAUUGUAAAGUAUAUUCAAAGCUGAAAAAAAUGUUCUAAUCACAUGGUAUUAUUAGUUGUACAACGUCAAUUAUAUAAACAUUUAAGCAAUCUUUAUUAAUGCUUUGAGUAAGAAAUUUGUUUUAUUUCUUUGAUUAUUAUAGGAUGUGUUUUGUUUAGAUUUUGUAGAGCUAUGAACUCAAAUUGUGUUCUUUAAUAUUUCUGCAUGGGGUUGCCACAGUGGGUAUGUUUAAGAUUAGGAAGUUCACUUGUUCAUCUCCUGAUUUUAAUGAUCCUUGUUCUGGGAAAACUGGGCUAAAUGCAUAUUCCUUGUGUCAUUCCUUAUUAGCCUGUUCAGUCCACACAGGCUUAUCAGGGUUGACACUUUCUGCUUUUAUAGAUUAAAAAAAUAUCUAAAACAAUAUACAGUCUAGGCGGAAAUUGUCAUCCCUGAUUAGCCUGUGGGAACUGCUCUGGCUAAUCUGGGAUGACAUGUUUGGCACUUGUAUUAAGCCCAGUUUUCCCAGAAGGAUCAGGCUCAUAUUAUCCCUUUGCAUGCUGGGUAAUUUGUCUUCUGCUAAAAUGUCGUCUGCUGAAUUUCUAAAAUUAGCAUUUUCUUCGAUUUUUUUCAAAGAAUACUAUUCGAAUAGCAAACAGUUUGGAUCCUGAUGAGACGCCACGUUCUGUGGCGUCUCAUCUGGAUCCAAACUGUUUGCAAAGGCCUUCAAAAUUCGGUUCCCGCACUGAAAGGGUAAUGAACACUCCAGAUUCCACAUUUAUUGACCAGCCAUCAAGAAACCUUCUCAGAAAAUUUCUCACAAUUAUAUCUGGGAUACAUUCAAUAGCUACAUCGGUUAAAACAAGUUCAUCUGGCAGGAUUGAAGAAAAAUGUGUAAUAACCGGUAGUGUUUGUUGUCAACUUCAUUCAAAAGUAAAUUUUUUCGUAAAUGUUUUUUGUGAAUUAUAAAGGACAUUUUUUUUGGUGACCCUUAUUUAAUUUUGUUUGAAUUUGUGUUCUUUACAUAUAAAGUUGACAAUUUAAUGUUUACAAAAGAUCUUCACUGAAACUGCAUGACCCAGCGGUUUCACAUAAGUUAGGUGCAUGUUGCAUCCCACUGUUACCCUCUAUAAACGUUACUUUAACCCAUUUAUGCCUAGCGUCUAGAAAAAAGGCCUUGGCAAACAGCGUAGACCCAGAUGAGAUGCCGCAUGAUGCGGCGUCUCAUCAGGGUCUGUGCUGUUUGCUUAAAGGAAUUUCUGUAAGAAAUAUUCUAAAUAUUGAAAUAAAUACUAGACAUCCCUAAUUUUGGAAAUAAAUUGAUCCAAUUAAGCAGGAUGGGAGGGUCCACUAGGCAUAAAUGGGUUAAAUCUGUCAUUUGUGUAAAAUAAGCAACACUUAAGGGGUUCAGUGAUAUAGGUGCAAGGUGAGCAUUCCAGGAAACUUAACACUUUGCAUGCUGGGAAAUUUGUCUUCUGCUAAAAUGUCGUCUGCUGAAUUUCCAAAAUUAGCAUUUUCUUCGAUUUUUUUUCCAAAGAAUAUUAUCAGAAUAGCAAACAGUUUUGAUCCAGAUGAGACGCCACGUUCUGUGGCGUCUCAUCUGGAUCCAAACUGUUUGCAAAGGCCUUCAAAAUUUCGGUUCCAGCACUGAAAGGGUUAAGGGACAGCUUGUUUGACUGAUGUUCGUCGUGUUCUACAUCAUUACAUGGAGCCAGAUUUUUUCGAAGCAUUCUUUAUAAUCAGAUGAUUAAGAAAAUGUUUACAUUUUGAUGUAUACAUUGAUCCUUAAUGUUUUUCCUCAACAUUUUUAGGGCCUGAAGUGCCAUGGUAAUAAAGGGACCUUUGCACGUUUUGGUAAAUUGACGAAAUAAAAAAAAUGGUUUCAGAUUCGCAAAUGUUCGUUGUAGUUAUGAUAUUUGUGAGGAAACAGUAAUACUGAACAUUUAGCAUGCUCUAAAAUAUCCAUUAUAUGCAUCUUUUGCUUAAAUUAAGUAUAAAAUUGAUCUCUCAUUAUAUGAGCACUGAUGGCCGAGUGGUCUAAGCGAUAGACUUUUACUCCAGGCAGGGGUCAGUGGUUCAAGCCCAGAUGAGGUUACUUUUUUUUCUUUCUUUCAUUGUAUUCUUGAUUUUUACUAGAGCUUUUUAGAUCCGUUGUUUAUAAUUAUCAAUAUUAAGAAUUAAAUGUCAAAUUGCUUAUUCAAUGAUUUAGAGUUUUAUGACUAUUCAUUAUAUUUUGUGUUUGCGUGUUCAUGUUAUUGCUAGCAAAUACAAACACGUGGAUUCUGGAUUUCCUGUUUCCAUUCUUAACAACACAUAUGUUUCAAUAUUACUUUAAUGUGCUGAAUCCCAAAAGGUUUAAUUUUAAGUAAAAUGCCUUUGGAAAAUAGAGUCCAAGCUACUUCAAAGAUUGCAGUUGUGUAUUUGAUUUGGUGUGGACAUAGUCUUUUUUAUGUUCAGAUUGCAGUUGUGUAUUUGAUUUGGUGUGGAAAUAGUCUUGUAUAUGUUCAGGGUUCUAUCCUUACUCAAUCAGUGUUCCUAAGAUUUUUCCAAAGUCACCCCUGGCCCUGGUUCUUCAUAGGAAGUGGACUUGAUAGUUUCUCUAUAUGAUUUUGAUACAAGCAACUCUGACGAACUCAAAAAAAUAAAUAAGUUUAAACUUAAACUUAAGUUUAAAGUAAAUGAUUACAAGCAGUUGCAA